AAUAUUUUAACAUAACAGUUGUGAGUGGAAAAUCUCAAAACUCACAUGGAUUAAACCGAAGAAAAUUCCGUUUUCUGAAAGUCAAGCGACUUAGCGGGUAAGUUUCCUUCCAUUGAGAAAAAGCUAACCAGAAAAUCAGCAGAACUUGAGCUUCAUCAGAGUUAGGGCACACAAAAAUGAGGAAGAGAAGUGUGUGGGCAUGGGUAGUUGCAAUCAUCUGCUUUAUAGUGCUCAUGAUUGUUACUCCAGCAAUUCCUCAGUCUCAAGAAUAUCAUGAUUUUGCUGAUCAACGCAACUUUCUCGGGAUUCCCAAUGCACUGAAUGUGGUCUCAAAUUUCCCUUUCCUUGUGAUCGGUCUGAUAGGUCUUGUACUUUGCCAUCACGGUAAUUAUUUCAAGCUGAGCUUGCAAGGAGAGCUUUGGGGUUGGACGUGCUUCUAUAUUGGUGUGGCAGCGGUUGCUUUUGGGUCCUCAUACUAUCAUCUCAAGCCAAAUGAUGCUCGUCUUGUGUGGGAUAGAUUGCCAAUGACUGUUGCAUUUACGUCUAUCAUUGGUAUCUUUAUUAUUGAAAGAAUAGAUGAGAGAAAGGGAACUCUGUCUCUCAUUCCAUUGCUUCUCGCCGGUGUAGUUAGUAUCAUGUAUUGGAGGUUCUUUGAUGAUCUCCGUCCUUAUGGGGCAGUUCAAUUUGUACCAUGCCUAGCCAUCCCACUCAUGGCUAUUUUGUUGCCUCCGAUGUACACGCAUUCCACUUAUUGGCUGUGGGCUGCAGCGUUUUAUCUUUUAGCAAAGGUUGAAGAAGCAGCUGAUAAGCCAAUCUACAACUGGACUCAUCAUAUCGUGAGUGGCCACACACUCAAACAUUUAUGUGCUGCAAUGGUGCCCGUCUUCUUGACCUUAAUGCUUGCGAAAAGGGACAUUGAACCAAAUAGGAUCAGUUUAUAUCAAAGUUGGAGAAUAUCUUGGAGUAAAGCAAAACAAAAUGGAGCAGAAAUGGAGAGUCACACUUGUACUUAUUCAAGUGUCGCAGUUGAGGAAUCCCAUUAAGGGGACUGCUUGUUAUUUCAUUGACACAAACUCUUUUAGUUUACUAUAAACAGGAAAAAAAGAGGCUAAAACAAGUGUCGAAAACAAAUAAUCUAGUACUUUCCCGUUCAUCAGAAAGAAAGUUAUACUUUCUUCAUCAAUGUAUACGAAUCACGUGUUAAUGUAUAAAAGAAGUAUAUUGCCGCGUA